AGUCCUAAUUCUAGAUUAUUUUUAGAAAGCCCAUUGACCUGUGUUUGUUUGUGUGUCAUUCAGCAGACAGUGUGUGGGCUGUUCCGAAACAGGUCUCUGCUGAAACUCCGAAAUACGAGACCUUUGCGUCUUCCUCACAAGUGCAGCUCGUGUGCUCAGAGCUGGACUGAUAAAGACAUAAUCACUUCCCUUUAAACAGAGGUUGUUUGUUUGUGUGCUCAUGGUAAACACUCACCCUCUCUGUACAGUCCUGUUAAAGGCCAGAUCUUUGUUUAUUUUGUUGGUUUAAAAAAAAAGGGUUGUUUGUUUUUGGAAGUUGUUUGUUUUUUUUUUUAGACUUUUUCCCACCUUGUGUAAGUGUUUGUGGCUCUUGAAUUACUCACUUCCUUGUGUGACUCACCUUGUGACAUAAAACUAUGGCAUGGUCAUGGUGGAGAGGCUGGAUUGGUCAAAAGCUCUGUGGAGCUCGUGGUUUCAGCGUCCUGGAGUUGAACUCUGAGCAGAUCCAACUUUUUCACUUCACUCAGUUUUUUUUCGUUUUGUUUAAUUUGUUAGUGGAUCUUUUUUUUCAUCUUUAAUCCAUUUUCUACUAAAGGAGCGGUCGGCUGCAGCCUAUCUGAAGAUGUCUGAUAAUGGGGAGGUUGAGGACAAGCCUCCAGCUCCGCCCAUGAGAAACACCAGCACCAUGAACAACAAGGACGCCGCCCCACUUAACCACGGCUCCAAGCCCCUCCCACCAAACCCAGAGGACAAGAAGAAGAAGGAGCGCUCGAUCAGAUUCAUCCUGACAGGAGGAGGCGACAAAACCUACAAGAAGAAGGAGCGUCCAGAGAUUUCUCUUCCGUCUGACUUUGAACACACCAUCCAUGUUGGCUUCGAUGCCGUCACCGGGGAGUUUACUGGCAUGCCGGAGCAGUGGGCCCGCCUCCUGCAGACGUCCAACAUCACCAAGCUGGAGCAGAAGAAGAAUCCUCAGGCGGUGCUGGAUGUCUUAAAGUUCUACGACUCAAAGGAGACGUCCAACAGCCAGAAAUACAUGAGCUUCACAGAUAAAAACUUAGACGUGUACAGCUCCUCCACCACAACGAGCACCAAGGCCGUGUUGGAGACGCCCGCCAUAGCAACCGUAUCUGAGGAUGAAGAUGAAGACGAGGUGGAGCCCCCGCCUGUGGUCGCGCCCCGUCCAGAACACACAAAAUCAAUCUACACUCGCUCAGUCAUCGAACCCCUCCCACCCCCUUCAACCAAAGAUGCAGCCACCUCCCCCAUCACCCCACCAACGGCGGCGGCGGCAGCCGCGGUCACCCCCGCACCCCCUGCAGAAGCCGCUCCCAGCAGUCCUCCCAGCGCCAGCCCCGCCCCUGGUCCCUCUCUGCCCCACUCGCAAGACAAAACCAGGAAGAAGAAGAUGUCCGACGAGGAGAUUCUGGAGAAGCUACGGACAAUUGUGAGUGUGGGAGACCCCAAGAAGAAAUACACGCGGUUUGAGAAGAUUGGACAGGGGGCGUCUGGGACCGUGUACACGGCUAUAGACAUCGCCACGGGACAGGAGGUCGCCAUAAAACAGAUGAACUUGCAGCAGCAGCCCAAGAAGGAGCUAAUCAUCAACGAGAUUCUGGUGAUGAGGGAAAACAAGAACCCGAACAUCGUCAACUACCUGGACAGCUACCUGGUGGGUGAUGAGCUGUGGGUGGUCAUGGAGUAUCUGGCUGGAGGAUCUUUGACGGAUGUUGUCACGGAAACCUGCAUGGAUGAAGCCCAGAUAGCUGCUGUGUGCAGAGAGUGUCUCCAGGCCCUGGAGUUCCUUCACUCCAACCAGGUCAUCCAUCGGGACAUCAAGAGCGACAACAUCCUCCUGGGCAUGGACGGCUCGGUCAAACUCACCGACUUUGGCUUCUGCGCUCAGAUCACUCCGGAGCAGAGCAAGCGCAGCACCAUGGUUGGGACGCCAUACUGGAUGGCUCCGGAGGUCGUGACCCGCAAAGCGUAUGGCCCCAAAGUGGACAUUUGGUCUUUGGGCAUCAUGGCCAUCGAGAUGGUCGAAGGAGAGCCGCCGUACUUGAAUGAGAAUCCUCUUAGAGCGCUUUAUCUUAUUGCAACCAACGGGACCCCAGAGCUGCAGAAUCCAGAGAAACUGUCGACGAUAUUCAGAGACUUCUUAAACCGAUGUCUGGAGAUGGACGUGGAGAAGAGAGGGUCUGCUAAGGAGCUGCUGCAGCAUCAGUUUCUGAAGAUGGCCAAGCCUCUUUCCAGCCUCACCCCCCUGAUUCUUGCAGCCAAGGAGGCCGCCAAGAACAACCGCUAGCUAGCUUUGCACUCGUCCUCUCUCCGCCUCCUGCUGGCGUCCGCCGUUCCCUCACGGGAAGGAAGGUGGCGAUGGAUGGCUGCUGGAUUUUGACGUUUUUUCAAACGCCUUCAGUCGUUCCAUCCUUAUGUUUUUGUGUUUUUGAAAAGUUCCUUCGACUGUUAUUUUCCUCCCUCUUCACCUUUGACCUCGAGUCUGCCCCCCCCUCCUGCACAUCUGCCGCGGAGAACGAAGGAUGAACCUCUUCCAGCUGCACCGCCGGAGUGAGACGCAGGAGCAGGUCGCCGUGGGACGAACAUCUCAAUGGAGCCCAAAGACUUGGAUCAGCGUCCCGGACCAGAACCGCCGGCCUUCGUGUGUGUGUGUGUGUGUGUGUGAGAGCUUUCUGUCGGUACUUUCAUCUGGUGUCCAGUUAGCGCACGUGUCCGCCACGCGCUGCCUCCCUUCUGUAGGUUUAUGUGUAGAUCUGGGGACAUUGGGUUCUUUUGUUUUUGUCUCAAGUGUGGAAACGCUGCUGCGCCCAGAGCCACUGAUGGACGGAGUGAGGAUUUUAGUGCAGUUUUUACUCUAAUUGUGGUACUUUUGUCCUCGUCAGCAGCCGGCUGGGGGGGAAAGCUGAUUUAAAUAUUUUUAAGGUGCUUUCUAGACAAAAUAAUUAAACAGGUUCGGUCCAAUCAAUGCAUUCCAACAAGUCUUUUUUUGUUCAGGAUGAUAAAAUGAUCCCUUUGUGUCACAUUGAGCUAAAACCACCUCCAGCAAACAGCAAACAGCUGCUAAAUGACAAAUACGACCUGGAACUUUAGGAGAGUUCCUAUCACCAUAUGUUUUAUCCUUUUUCAUUCCUCUGGGGUCAGUAUUUUGGUUUGUUUUGCUGUUUAUUUAGUGAUCCAUUAAAUUAGAUUAAAAAAAUAAUAAUUUUAGUUUUUGUUAGUUGGCAUACAUAGAAACUGAUGACAAAAAAAGUAGAAUUUCUGUUGUUCUCCUCUCUGCCUUUUGAUUUUACAUCACAUUUGUCCAAAAAAAAAAACUAAUUUUCAUUAUUUUGUUGUAUGUUUUUGUACCUAAGAUUCCAUAUCUCUGUCUGUGUGACAGGUAGAAGGUGUUGUUAUGUGUUGAUCUUUUUCAUUUGGAUGCUGCAGCCUCACCGUCUCAUUUGCAUGUUUUCCAUCAGCAGACACCUGGAGGAUCUGUGAUAAACAGAAUUAAACGGACAGAAUGUGGCCGAUCAGCUCCCUGAGAAAAACACAUUUCACUCAGAGGACGAUGUUCCGUCUGCCCCACAUGUCAACACUGAUAAACACAUUUCUCAGGCUUCUUUUUUUUUGGCUUCUUUCAUCCAUCCCGUUCUUACCUGCUCCUCAGUGAGAUUAAUGGUUCGGCUCAGUUUCUCUCUUUUAUUUUAAUGAAGAAUGUUAAAGGAGCUUCAUCUGUUCGAGGUGGAUAUGAAGGUGUGAUCUCACUUAACUUCCUCUCACCAAAAGGAAAUAAAUUCAAAACAUUUUCAUGAAGUUUCUAUCAGCCGAUUGAGAUGAUAAUUAAAGCUCUGAAAUGUGAAUCUGGCUCGCUGAGCUGAACGGCGCCUCAUUAAAAACUUUAAUAUCUGAACGAAGAAGAAAAACGAGAUUUCAUGGGGGUUCUGUCAAGCUGGCUCCAUCCGCGGCUCUGGGACGCCACAGUCGAUGGGCUCAUUGAGAAGCUGUGAUGACGAGAAUGUGCAUGAAAACCUUUUUUAUACGGUACGUUUAAAUCAUUUAUGAAAGUACUGAAGCUUUUCCUUACAGGUAAUGAAGGACGUGUACAAUAGGUGAAGGUAUAACUUAACCCUAUUUUCUGAAGAAACUUGUGAAAACCAUGAAGGUACAGUGUUUUUAUUUUUAUUUUUUGGUCUGGAGAACCCCAUGAAUACGAUCUGUUUUUCUGUGCUAAAGAACAACAUGAUCUGUAAAGGAAUCGACCUUUUUUUCUGUUUCUGUUUAAGGUCUGCGCUUUGGUUGUCUUUAAAAGUUGUUUUUGGAUGCUCAGAAGGUUUAUGUGUUUUCUUUUCUGGAAAACUAACGUUUGCUCAAAACUGUCACUUUCAUUUCUGCUUUAAAUGUUUGUUAAAUGUUAUUAUUUUGUUUCUUGUAGUGACGACGUGACUCUGGCCUUAAACUGUUUCAAAGGUGCAAUACUGCUAUUGUUCCAGGCUGAUGGUUGUGAUUCUCUGCAAUGAUUUAUUUCUUUUAAAGUCUCAUUCGGACUAUCUUUUAUUCUGUUGUAAAAGCAUUUUUUUGGUCAUUUUUAGAACCAAAAAAGAACAGUUUCAGCAGAAUUCAUUAGAAAUUCACCUCUAAGUUGUGGGUACCAUUGGUGCAGAUCAACCCCGCCCCCACUUCCCGUCACCUUUCCUGAGAGCAGGGAGCUUGUGACCCACCCAGCAUAUAUUCCACACCACAAAUAUACUCUUUUUCAAAAUAUAUGUUUUCAUCUGCUCCUGAUUCAUAACAAUUUGAAUAAAGAAAUACUCAAAAAUGCAAUUUUGAGGUUAAUUUUCUUUAUAUAAAUACUCCAUCAUGAUGAAAUUGCUACAAAAACGUGCUAAAAACACAAUUUUAUAGUAAAAAUCCUAUUGUGUUUUUUUUUUCUCAUGAUGGAGGACAUAUGAAGAUAAUUUAAGAUUAAACUGCCUUUCUGGAUCUUUAUUUAAACUGUAAGGGAUCAGGAGCAGCUGAAAACCAGAUGUUUGAAAAAGCUUGGGAUUAUGUCGCAGCCAAAGUCUCCCUUCUCUCCAAUCCUGCAGACUUGCAGACAAAAUGAUACAUUAACAUCAAUAUCUGCAAAACUCUCAUAUUGCUUCGUGUUUUUCUUGUGCUACGCUAAUGUUAGUCUAUGCUUGUGAGGUGCCAUAAGCUAGCAGGAGAGGGUGUAAACAAGAGCAUGCUGGGAAAUUACCUUGGCUAACUUGUGCUCCAACUGUCCCGCCCACAACCCAAAAGUGAAUUUCUAAUGUACUCCUGCUAUGGAGAGAAAAUGGACUCACUGCGAUUUGUGUGUAAUUAUUGAUUUAUUAACUCUUACAUUUUGUGCAUAAGUACAAAAAUUAUAACAUAAAAAAAGCAAAAUACAAUUUACACAUGCAUAAAUUAACAUUACAACAGCUUGAAACUAACUAUACGCACGAAUUGUUACGCACACACAAAGCCACAAAUCUAAUGUGAGACUUUCAUGUCCAAUAUUUAAACUACUGGAAAUGAUUUUACAAAAGAAGAAAUAUAGUCUCAGUGGGAUCUUAAAGUCGUAUUUUAUUUUAUUUUAUUCCAUUUUGGCCUUUUGAAUGUGCAGACAACAGCCCCAAACUCAAAAUACUAAUGAAAUGCUCCAAAAUGGAAACACUGAUUCACAGAUCAGUCAAGGAGAAGCACAAUCCAGUUUCUGCAUGAACAUGCAAACUGACUGUAAGGGCCGCAGCUCUGAUGUGAAGCCCCGCCCACUAAUUAGAUUGACAUUAGGUAAAAGUUGGGAAAAGCUGCCCUACAUUAAAAGGUCAAUGGAAAGCACAAGAAUGGUAAAUACCUUAAAAUGACGGUGAUACAUUAUCGGGAACUUCCACUUAAGUCAAAAGUCCUCAGGUGAUUUUUAUUGUCAUGUUAUUUCUGUAGAAACUCUGAGGUCAAACACACUUUUUCAUUCCACAGUAAAUUUUAUUAGGAAAUGUGUCCCCUCUUGCUGCUCUAUGCAUCUCUAAACAAAAGAAAGGAAAAACCCUUCAACCUAUUUUUAGACUCAACCAAACGUGCGAACGGCGCCCCCCGUGGGUGCACUCUCACAGCUCUCAAACGCUUUAGGUGUUUGGUAAUUGAUUCCUUUUGAGAAAAAAAGUGGCCGCCAGCUUUAUGAUGUUGCACAAUCUUCGCCACGCCUCAGUUUUUAUUAUGAAGCCAUUAAUGAAGAAACCACAAACCUUACGAGAGCGUUUUCCGAGCAGCUUAAGGCGGGAUUCUCACUCGGUGUGAGCCCUGUACGGACCGAUCUGGUCUAAGUGUCUCAGAGCCAUAAUGUGUCUGUUUAUAUCAUUCUUUUAUGAUUUUUGAAACAUAAAAAAAUAAAUUAUACAAAAACU